UCAAAUCUGACCAAUUCUCACCUUCCAUUUCUUAUCUGCUCCCUCUAUCCAAGCGCUUCAAACCUCCGAGGAGCGUAUUCAAGUCCCCAUUGUCUCGCUCUUCACGUAUAGCUUCAUUCUCGUGAAACCUGAUUGAACCAUGCUACGAGUCUUGCAGUCGGUCAAACCUCUUGUGUAACCUGCAAGUCAGAGAUCUGCAAUCCUACCCGUGGUAACCAACACGCCACCAACACGCCACUUACCUGUUUCUUCUUGCUCAUUCCAUACAGCUGCUUACGAUAAGGAUUGGUGCUUUGAGCGAGGCACAGCUUACAGUUGUGCCUCAGUGGUGCAGAUUCAAGAUUUUAGCUACCUUCCAGAAAUGGACAGUCAAGCGGGAGCCCGAGGGAACAAUGAGCUCAGAUAUAUCAAGUACUGGAGAGUCAAGUGCUCACCGUCGAUGUAUUCAAAAUAGUGUUGAGAACAAUGGAAGAGCAGGAACGUCGUCAAUCAGCAGAGAGUAUCUUGGAGCGAAGACGGAUUCAGAAUCGUAAUGCUCAGCGAAAGCGUCGUCAACGAUGCGCUGAGAUGGAGAGGAAACAAAGAGAAGCGCAGCAGGAUCAAGAACGACGAGAGGACUCAACUAGUGAAGAAACGCCUCACCAGCGAUGCCGCCAAUGCCGAUUGCACAAUUUCGAUUUCCGACAUUCCGGUAGUGCCGAAACGAUGGCCUCGGCUACUCAGCAACAUCACACUGCGAAUCUCACGUCUCGAACAGAACCAUCAGACAAGGAUCAAGAGGCAUUGUCGAAAUCAAUGGCAGACAAACAAGAUGAGUUUCUGUCAUUGCCUCUGUCACCGUCGAGCCCUACUAUGGACUUAAGUCACAAUUACUUCGACGAAAACGGGCUAUAUAAUGAGGAUAUAUCUUUGGAUCUGGACUUUGCAAUACAACAAUACUCGGAAUCUCAUUCCAAUGCCUCUGGAGUGACCGAGCCUCCCCGAAAACAACUUUUGCCAACCCCACGGCCACGGACUGCUUCGGAAACUCCCGAGCGACCUCGGCAGCAUCCCACGCGAAGAUGGAGCUCCACCACGCCUUCUUCAAAUCACCCACAAGUCCUAAAACCUGUCUCGCCACUCGCAACGCACAAUCACAACACCCCAGCACCAACACCAACUUUCGCCCCAUCCCUGACUUCCCCUUCGCCAUCUUCGCCUACCAACAACAAAGGCAAAACCCCCCUCCAUAUCCUCGCCGAACGCGGCUCCUUCAAGGCUGUCUCCCUCCUCCUCGAAUCCGCAAUCGACAUCGACGCCCCAGACUUCUACGGCCGCACAGCCUUGCACCUCGCAGUCCUGAACGGCCACAUAGCCGUUGCAGCCAAGCUUUCGAAAGCGGGAGCGGAUACAGAUAUAGUAGACUACAAGGGUGUAGGACCUGUGCACAUAGCUGCAGAGAUGGAGAACGAGGAGAUGAUUCUCCUUUUAAUGAGAGAAGGUGCUGAUUUCGGGGUUGGCAUUGGGGAGAGCAUUCACAAUCAGGGAAUUGUAUGUUGACAUUCAAUCCAAAUCUCUAUCUCUCAUGCUUCCAAAUCCCCUUCCCCACCUCAUCCAACCUAACGCACGUCCCCAGCGUAAACCUAACUUCCACUUGCGUCCCCCUCAGCACCCCCUCCUCGCCCCCAUUCCCCGCCAGCACCAUUGCGCAAUGAUG